CGUGCCAGGAAGAGGGCGCGAGCGGCGGGACCAGCUGAGUUCUGAGCGCAGACACCGCUGCCAGCUGGUCUGCGAAGUGCCGGUGCGUCCUCUCCGCGCUCGGUCCGAGGACAGCCGCUAUGGAGGCGCAGGCACAAGGUUUGUUGGAGACUGAACCACUGCAAGGAAGAGAUGAAGAUGCAGUAGCGAGUGCUGAUUUUUCUAGCAUGCUAUCAGAGGAGGAAAAAGAAGAGCUAAAGGCAGAAUUAGUUCAGCUAGAAGACGAAAUUACAACCUUAAGACAAGUUUUAUCAGCAAAAGAAAGGCAUCUGGUUGAGAUCAAACAAAAACUCGGCAUGAACCUAAUGAAUGAAUUAAAACAGAACUUCAGCAAAAGCUGGCAUGACAUGCAAACUACUACUGCCUACAAGAAAACACAUGAAACCCUGAGUCACGCAGGGCAGAAGGCAACGGCAGCGUUCAGCAAUGUUGGGACCGCCAUCAGCAAGAAGUUUGGAGACAUGAGCUACUCCAUUCGCCAUUCCAUAAGUAUGCCUGCUAUGAGGAAUUCUCCUACUUUCAAAUCAUUUGAGGAGAGGGUUGAGACAACUGUCACAAGCCUUAAGACGAAAGUAGGCGGGACGAACCACAGUGGAGGCAGUUUUGAAGAGGUGCUCAGUUCCACGGCCCAUGCCAGCGCCCAGAGCUCCGCUGGAGGCCCGCGGCGGGUCGAGGAGGAGGAGGAGGAGCUGCAGUGCUAGGCACCUCCCAGCUGUAGCCGCACCCAGAGGCCCAGCCCCUGCCCAGCCCCAUGUCCUAGCCGCAUAUCUACAUAUGAAGACCAAAAUCCCUUUGGAAGAAACCCAGGGCUCAUCACUAUUGUUCAAAUGGCCUCUCCACAGAGUUGAAUAAAAUAAUUUCCAUUUGUAUUUGUAUUGAUACACAUGACCACCAACCUUCAGUAUUCAUAUUUUGCCAUCUUUUAAAUGCUCUAAGUUGAGCAGAUACCUGAUUGGUCACAACCCUUCUCUUUCUGUAAUUUAAUGUACAUUUUCCAAACAGGUAACUAUGAAUUGUCUGCUUUGGCUUUUGCAUUGACUGUCUUUACGAUAUGCAUGUCCGUGAAGGCUGAGGGAACACCCCCUUUCAGUGCUGUCAAAUUCACAGAACGGAGCUCUUUAUGACUCUCCAGCAAUGGAUGACUGAUCGAAAAGUUUAUUAAAUUCCUUAUGAUCCCCCUUACCAACAUAAAUUACAUACACUUACUUCAGCAAUGAAACUAAUUACUUUUAAUGAUAAGAUUUUGAGUUCUUAAUUUCUGUAAGUCUUAGAGGUUAUUGACGGCCUUAAAGUUGUUGGCUGCGAUUCUGCAGAUGCUAUUUUAAAUCACCUUCUACUGCUAAUGGGGUGAACAUGAGAGAAGAUAUACAAGUAAUGGUGACUUCAUUACCCUAGGUUGCUAAAGAAUCUCCAAUUCUGAAAUUCUCCCCAUCUACCUAGUUGGUACCUCAGGUAAGGAAUAUCUAUUUAAAAGGGGGAUAUCCAAAAAAUGGGAGAACCAGAGUUUUGCAACCCUGACCAGUUUGCACAUUGUUGACACAUAUGGAAAAAAGCAUCAUAUUAAUAACAACCAGAUUUCCUGGAGUAACUUUUACCUUUCACACUGUAUGUUUCUCUUUCCCUCUUUUAAAUGGGAACAUACAUUUGUUAUUAGGUGGCAAAGAUAUCUCAUCAAGAUAAAUUUUUGAGAUGCAUAUUGAGUAGACCUAUUAAUUAAAACUCACAAUUUAGAAAGUCCACGUAAUAUAUAUGUGAUAUUUGUAUGUAAAUUGUUCAUUUUUUGGGUAUUUAUUAUUAGAUAGAAGUGGGUAUAUGUCCCAUAGCGAAGUAAAGUCAAUCUGAAAAUUUCUCUUCAAAUUAAUGGAGCAGGAUAAUUCACACACUUCACUGAAAAUCAGUCUGGUUCAGGGCCACGUAAUCUCUGAGACCUGGAAUUUUAGCAGAGGGAAUGGGGCUGUAAAGUUUAUCCCCCAGAGUGGACAAAGAAGCCCUGCUGGGAGGAGCUUUAACAGUCUUCCUAAUUUGUCCUCCAGCCUAUGGAUUGAAGUCAUUGGUCCCACAGGGCUGGAAGCCAAACACAAUUCAGCUGGUUAACACGUUCAGCUGCUAACUGAAAGGUUGGUGGUUGGAGUACACCCAGAGGCUUCUUGGGAGAAAGUCCUGGUGAUCUAUUUCAGAAAAAUCAGCAACUGGAACCCCUGUGGAGCACGGUUCUACUCUGUCACACAUGGAGUUGUCUCCACAACUGGUGGUGUGGGGGAACUGUACUGUAUGUAAUAAGAUACAAUGUAAAGAACGCAGUCAAAAAGAAGGCGGCCGUGAGUUUAUGAAUACGGACCAUUUCAAAUUCAUCAGGUAACUGCAAACUGGGCCCAGAGAAAUUGAGUCCCUGCCCACUGCAGUGGACAAGCUAGCAGUCACAAGCCAGCUGGACGGUGUUUAGCUUCAGCCCUGUGGGACCAUGACUUCAAUCCAUAGGCUGCAGGACAAAUUAGGGAGAAUGUCAAGACUGUAUGUACAUGGAAUGAUAACUGUGACAAAAAAUGUAUUCCAACAAUCAGAAAUUCCAAUUGUGAUUUUAAAACAAAUUGGCUUUUUAAAAAAGUGAACCAUUCUGUAAUUCAACCCUUUACCACUUUUUUAAAUACUGCAGGGUCGCUAUGAGUCGGAAUUGACUCGAUGGCACUGGGUUGGGUUUUGAUGGAAAAUAUUCAUGUGGUCACAGUGAAACUUUAUCUUUCAACUCAUGUCUCAAAGAUUACUCCUAUUGGUAGGUCAGGCUGGCAAAGUAAUCUGUGUCUUACUCUCAAUUAGCUAUUUUAAGUCUGCUCUUGUGCCACAGAAAACAGGACAAACAGUAUACUAUGGAACAAAAUGUCUUGAUAAAUCAUGCCAUUUACAGUGGGCUUUCGACAUGAGUUCCAAAAGACUUGACGGCAACUAGUAAGUUGGAGAGAAUGCUGGGGAUUUAAGCUGCUCAUCUGGCAUUGUUUGUUUCUCCAAAAUUACCUUGUCGGCUUGAACAUGUUGAGCUUUACUAUAAAAUGGUGAAUAACCUUGUGAACUUCAGCCCCAACAGCCUCUUCUCAUUCUCAAAUUGGAGUUGGGGUGGAUGUAAUAAAGGAAGAUGGUGAUAAGGUUAAAAAGUGAUUUAAUAUGAAAUGUAAACAACUCCUUCAAACUUGGUGUUAAAAUAAAAUUUCAAACUGUACUAUUAUUUGUCCUAAUCUUAUGGUUACUUUUGAUAAUCUGUACUUACGAAU